AUGAGUUGCAUCGCUUGGAAUUGCAGGGGGCUUGGGAACCACCUAGCAGUUCAAGAACUCGCAGAGGUAGUGACUGCAAAAGCUCCCGUUGUCGUGUUCCUAGCCAAAACACUGGCAGACGAAGCUAGGCUUGAUUACGUGAAAGACCGGAUUCGUUUUGACAAAAAAUUUGUUGUUCAACGGGUCCACAGAGGGGGAGGUUUAGUCCUUUAUUGGAAGAAUGACUUGUUGGUUGAUGUAGUCUCCUCUUCCUUGAACCAUAUAGAUGCAAUCAUAAAUAAAGAUACAGAGGCAGCAUGGCAUUUUACAGGGUUCUACGGCGAGCCGGAAACACAUAAACGGCAUGAAUCCUGGGACUUACUUCACAGCUUACACCACCAAAACUCACUGCCCUGGCUGUGUGCCGAGGACUUCAACGAGAUCCUUAAGCAAAGUAAGAAGCUUGGAGGACGGACAAGACCACCGGGACAAAUGCAACUCUUCCAUGACAUAUUGGAUGAGUGUGGACUUAUUGACAUUGGUUUCAAGGGCUCUCCUUUUACAUGGAGCAAAAUUUACAACAAUGGAGCUUCAAUUUGGGAGAGGUUAGACAGAGCAGUGGUUUCUUAUGAAUGGUUUUCAAAGUAUCCAGGCACCCAGACUCACCAUGUGGACAGUACAACUUCAGACCACAAGAUUCUUUGGAUUGAACGGUCAGACUUGGAUUGUGCACCGAGGAAGAGGUUGUUUAGAUUUGAGGAAAUGUGGUUAGGGGAUAAGUGGUGCGGUGAGACGGUGGAAGGUGUUUGGGAUAUCAGCUAUGAAGAGGCAGGAAAUACUAGGGUGAUUAGAAAGGUUGAAAAUUGUGGAAAGGCUCUAACUAAGUGGAGCAAGGAUUGUUUCGGCAAUAUUAAAAAAAAAAUUAGAAAAAAAAAGGAGAGAGUUGACACGGUUAGAAACAAGGGUUCUCCAGGGAGUCGGGCAACUCAAAGAAGGCGCAAGAACCUCAUCACUGGGAUCAAAAAUCAGUCUAAUAACUGGUGCACAAAACCAGAAGAAGUUUCGGACAUGUUCAUGACAUAUUUUCAACAGCUAUUCUCGUCCUCCAAUCCAGAAAUUACAGAGGCAGAUUUGGACUCCAUACCGCGGAUUGUCACAGCUGAAAUGAAUGAGAAUUUGAUUGAAAACUUUCAGGCAUGGGAAGUUGAGUUGGCUUUGAAGCAAAUGGCACCACUUAAAGCACCGGGACCGGAUGGAAUGCCGCCAUUAUUUUAUCAGAACUUUUGGGAAUUGGUAAGAGGUGAUGUAAUUCAUGAUGUGCUUAGCUUUUUAAAUUCAGGUUCCAUACCAAACUCUCUAAAUCAUACAUUCAUCACUUUGAUUCCAAAGAAAAAAAAUCCAGAGUUAAAGAGAGUUCUCCCCAAUAUUAUCUCAGAGCAUCAAAGUGCUUUUCUUAAAGGGCGCUUAAUCACAGAUAAUAUCCUAGUUGCUUUUGAAACACUGCAUUAUAUGAAAAAUCACAGCUCUAGAAAUUCGGGCCUCAUGGCUCUCAAACUUGAUAUGAGCAAGGCUUAUGACCGAGUUGAGUGGUCUUUCUUGAAAGUGGUAAUGUCUCAGAUGGGGUUUCAGGAUCGGUGGAUAGGCCUAGUCAUGGAGUGUAUCACUACAGUCACCUAUUCCAUCUUGGUGAAUGGGGAACCUAGUGGAGAAAUUAAACCAAGCCGGGGUAUCUGCCAAGGUGAUCCAUUGUCACCCUACUUAUUCUUGCUAUGCUCAGAGGGCCUACACCGAAUGAUUCAAAAAGCAACGGAGAAAGGUGAUAUUCAGGGUGUAUCUAUUUGCCGUAACGGUCCUAAACUAACACACCUAUUUUUUGCAGACGAUAGUCUUUUGUUUUGCAAGGCUAAUAUUCAUGAAUAUGAAAAGGUGAUGGAUAUUCUUUCAUCUUAUGAAAAGGUAUCGGGGCAGAAAUUAAAUAGAGAUAAAACAUCUCUCUUUUUUAGCAAGUCUACCCCAAAUGCAGUGCAAAGACAGAUUAUGGAAGCUCUUGGAGUUAGUGAGUUGAAGCAAUACGAAGAUUACUUGGGCUUGCCGGCUAUGGUAGGGAGGAACAAAAGAGCAAGUUUUGAUCAAUUGAAGCAAAAAGUCUGGAAGAGAUUACAAGGUUGGGAGGGUAAGCUCUUGUCACAAGCGGGUAGGGAAGUACUCAUCAAAUCAGUUAUCCAAGUAAUACCCACUUACACGAUGAGUUGUUUUAAACUCCCUAGCACUUUGUGUCAUGAGAUCGAGACCCUAAUAAGGAAGUUUUGGUGGGGGCAAAGGGAAGAUAGAAGGAAGAUACAUUGGGUUAGAUGGGAAGACAUGUGCCAACACAAAGAUCAAGGGGGAAUGGGAUUUAAAGAUUUGACAAUGUUUAAUGAGGCAAUGCUUGCUAAGUUAGCUUGGAGACUCCUUCAUGAUGAUAAUUCCUUGUUCUACAAAGUUUUCAAGGCUAGAUUUUUUCCUAGAAGUUCCAUCCUAGAAGCAAAAGAUUCUUCCUCGGCUUCUUACGCAUGGAAAAGUAUUCUUAAAGGAAGGGACGUCAUUCGAAAAGGAGCUCUUUGGAGAGAAGCAGAAGCAAUUAAAAGUAUCCCCUUGAGCUCCACAAACCAAACGGAUGUACUGGUUUGGCCGUUUACGCCUUCCGGCAACUACUCAGUCAAAUUGGGAUACCGGUUUUUAUUUGAGAACUUUGUACAACCCCAAAGAAUAGAUCAUGAUUCAGCUUUUUGGAAGAAACUGUGGGGUUUGGAGGUGCCAAGCAAGAUCAAAAAUUUUCUGUGGAGAGCUAGCAGAGAAGCAUUGCUAGUGAAAGCGAAUUUAUGCCGUAGACGGAUCACUCCAAAGGGCCAAUGCGAAAUUUGCAGAACAGGGGAUGAAGAUUGCUCUCACUCUAUUUUCUUUUGCUCUGAUGUGCAGGUAAUGUGGAAUGCAGCUCCUCAGUGGCGGUGGCUCUCCAAGAUGACAGGACGAAGCAUCAAAGAUAUCCUCAAACGAGCUUUUGAAGAAGAGCUGGACGUAGCUCUGUUGGCUUAUACGAGCUGGGCUGUGUGGAAUAGGCGAAAUCAAAUUCGGCUCAAGGAAACGGCGUGCCCACUUGAUCAGAUUCAUGCCAUGUCAAAAGAUAGGAAGCACGAGUUUCAACUUCUGCACCAAACGGUCGGGACAUUACAACACAGGAACCAUGUUAGAUGGAAGCCACCAGAUCAAGGGACGUACAAAGUUAACUAUGAUGGGGCCAUUUCUGUCUAG